AUGGAAAUAAGCCAAUUAUUCCAGUCAUCAGUUCUCUUAAUCUUGGCGCAUCUGCUCCAAGGAGCAGUUACUCAGCAGUGUAGAUCCGAGACAUCAAUUUUAGGCUGGAUGUUGCAGGGACACGUCUACAAGACAAUGCAGACAGAUCGUCCACACGCAUGCGUAUUUGCCUGUUACAAAGAUGACCGAUGUCAAAGCUUAAACUGGGUAAUCUCUCUCCUCGCUUGCGAGUUCAACAACAGAACAAAGGAAGCAAGACCCGAGGAUUUCAUUCCAAACGCAGACAGAUCUUACUUCAAACGAGAGAGUGACCGAGGUAAA